AUGCUCUUCGAAAUUCUCUUCGGGAGACCCGCAAAUGAAGAUGGUCUAACCCCUCAUUCCAUCUUCCCCUACAAUAUUUCUUCUGCUUUAAUACCUUCGCUGGCCCCCGAUCUAAGCAAGUUGCCACUGGAUCCCACGGCCUCGUCUGUGACCCCUACCUUAGUUGGGACACAUCCAUGUCCACCCGAUUCUAUGGGCACACCCUCUCUCUUCUCUCUGACCUAUCUUGAGCCCGCAGCGGCCACGGACACUACUUCAUUAACCUUGUGUUGGACGAUGAUCCAGUGGAUGGCCAGGAAACCUAUUCCUCUUAUUUGGACCCUUUACCCUUGGAGUGUGCUCAACUAUCUGCACCUCCAGCGUCGCCUCUGGGGUACAUCCUUUCUGAGAGACUACAGGUCUCAGACCAGAUUUUACAGCAAGAAACCAUCUUUGACUUAUGGAAGUCAUCAGAGUUAG